AUGCUGAAAGCGAUUUUUGUUGCGAACAACGAACCAAUAGUUAUUGUAUCAAAAUACCAAGUUCCACCAAAAACUAAUGAGCUCACUGAAGAAGCAUGCAAGUGCAUCCGUUCCGGAUUAAAGCCAAAUGAGUUCAAGCCGAUCGUAUAUACACCACCACAUACAUUUUUCUUAAGGCAGACAGGCGAAGUCUGGCUUGUUUGUGUUGUAGAAGGCGAUGCUCAAGCCAUGAUGUACACAAGUAUCCUUGAGAAACUUGAAGAAAUUUUAAACCAGUAUAUCGAAAAACCACUUACAGAUUUCGGAGUCAAAGAUAACUUCGCUCUUAUCUAUAGAUUGAUUGACAUGUUUAUUGAUUCAAGUUUCCCAUUCGUUGAUGACUACAAUGGUUUAAUGCAAUUUAUCCCUCCAAAGAACAUGGAAAAGGGCACUUUGAAUCCAAUUGCACCAUGGAGAGCUAACGGCCCAACCUACAAGAAGCAGCAAGUUCUCCUUGAUACAACAGAAUUCGUUGAUUACAUAGUCGGAAUCAACGGAAAGGUCGAUUUAGCACAAAUUAGAGGCGAAAUCAUAAUGCAGGCAGAACUCAAUGGCAGCCCGCACCUUUCUCUUAACUGGAAGAACUCUCCGCUCUUCGAUGAUGUUGCAUUCCAUCGUGCCGUCGAUUACCAAGCAUAUCUUUCAUCAAAACGCAUUGAUCUAGUUCCGCCACAAGGACGCUGCACCCUCGUUACUUACAGAAUGCAAACACAAGCCAAGCCACCACUCGAUAUCAAGGCUGUAGUCACUCCAACACGCGGAAAGCUCGAUAUUCGUUUUACAAUCAAUGUCGAAAAACAGACAAACGACGUUGCAAUCAAAUUCGAUAUACCAGGAGCAAGAGAUUCCACAUUACAAACAAAGACAGGCGAAAUUGUCCUCGGAUUUGAGAACUGCUUAUGGAAAGUUGGCUGUAUGAAACCAGGAAAGCCUGCAGAACUUACAGGAGCUGUUAAUUGUUCCGAAGACUGCAGACAAUGCGUUUUCAUCGUUUCCUUCAACCAGCAGGGAUUACUCAGCGGUUGCGAAAUUACAGGAAGAACACUUGAAGGUGUUAAUGACAACUCUUUAUUUGUUGGUUCAAAGAAUACUAUCAAAGCAGGAAAAUUCCAGAUCCGCGCUGGUAUGCAAUAA